UUUCCGGGGUGCAGGACAGAAACUCCUCCUAUUUUACUGGCUAACUCCUCCUUUACCAUCAAUUAAUUACACUAUCAUCGUUACAAAAUCUGAACAAUCAACUUACUAACACCACCACCACUACAAUAACCACUAACAACUAACAGUUAGUUUAUUACUUGAUACUUUUCAGUAAUUCCACACCCAUACGUCUCUAAACUGACACUAACACCUCCGCUCAAAAUCAGUCAGACAGACAAAAACAACUCCCAAAUUAAAAAAAAAAAAUUAAAAAAUUAAUUUCCAACCGGAUUUUCAAAAUUUGUCACCACUUCAACAUCACCAACAUCAACUUUCCAGACAUAUAACCACUACUUUCACCACUCGUGUGUCUGAAUUAUCCGUCGGUAAUCCAACCACUGUCUCUUCGGAUCAAUUUCCAGCUUUUCCCGUAACCAUAUCUUAAUUAGUUGUGGGUUGAGUGAAUGGUUCACCAUGACGACUGCCCUUCACGACCACCCAGCUACGUUAGACGCUGUCAGUUCCGCCAGUAGCUCCUCCAGCAGCUCUAGUAACGGUACGGAUACCACUACAUUUACCGGUAAUGGUAUCUCCAGUAAUGGUACUAGUACCAAUAAUAAUACUCCCAUUAAUGGUACAAUAACUUCAAAUAAUGGUAUCAACAAUAGUUCUUCACUUUCAGGUCCUAUAACUACAGCUUCACUACUCAAUCAUCCAAGUCCUCCUUCAUCUCCUUCAGACUCGGCUCCUACCAUCGUCGUAUCAGACACUUCAGUCCUCCUUGAUAAUCCAAAUAAUCCUCCCCGCAAAAGAUCAAAAGUCUCACGAGCUUGUGAUGCUUGUCGUCGUAAGAAAGUAAGAUGUAAUGCUGAGUACAGUUCAACUCUACAGAAAGUCACUAAGAUCUGUAACAAUUGUAUUAAGAAUUCCGAAAACUGUACGUUUUCUCGAGUGCCUCUUAAACGAGGACCAUCAAAGGGCUACAUUAGAGAUUUAGAAGAGAAAUUAGACAAGUCGGCUCAGUCCCCAGCCACCAUCCAAAUCCAAAACACAGUAAUUCCUAUCACAUCGGCCACCAUGCAUCAUCAACCGCUUCCGUUUCCUCAGGGCCAUUGGAAACCGGCACCUCCAUCUGAUCUUCAAACUACGGUUCCAGUUACUACCUCUACCAACAACAAUAAUAACUCUACCACUAACUCGGCUAACACCAACUCACCUAUAAUUCUACCACCACUCCUCAAUUAUCAGGCCAAGAUUCUUCCUUCUGUGAAAGUAGCAUCUGGUACCACUAAUAAUAAUAUCAGUAAUAAUAAUAAUAAUAAUAUCAAUAACACUUCCACUAACAGUAACCCUUCGAGCCCUCGAAGUCACUCCAUUACGGGCUUACUCAAUUCUUCAUCCACUCCAGAUAUUGCAGCCUUGAAGAAUUCUAGUCCUCCCAUCCAGGGCCCCUUCUGGAAAGUGCCGUAUGAGAUGCCUCAUUCGCGUAGUAGGCGAUCUUCAGUAGCACUCAACGAUGAUACAAGUUCGACAGAGGGACUGGAACCUCACCACCAUCGUCGUCGUUCUUCUAUUGACUCCAUAUCAUCGACGUCUACUACCGGCUCUCGCCUACCUUCACUAAAGCCAUCGAUUUCUGUCUCCAGUGAUGUCAUGUCUGAUACUGAUACUGAUGAUUUUUAUUCUAUAAAGUCGGUAGGUCAUAAUCGGUCAGCUUCAGCCACAAGAUCUCGUCGGAACUCUCUCCUGCUUUCUCCUCGAAACUCAGUCAGUUCCCUCUCCAGUCUUAGUGGUAGAAUGAAUAAGACUUUACAUAUUCAUAGUAAUAAUUCUUCAACUCCCACAAGUUUAAUUCCUUCUCCAGUAGUAGCACCUUCAUUAGCUCCCCCUCAAAGUUAUCCAUUCCCUCUCUUUGCUCAACCACAACCUCAACAACAACCUCCACAUCCUUUCACAUUUCCUCCUGUCUAUCAACCAACCCUAGGUCCACCACCUCCUCCUCCUAAAAUCCCUGUCAACAAUAUCGAAACCAAUUUGGCAGUGUACUACAAUCACUUCCAUGCUAGUUUCCCCAUACUCCCAUUUAAUCAAAAACAUAUGGUGAUGGCCCUUGAACAACUUGAUGAUCCAGCCACAAAAUCCUUGGUAGACUUAUUCAAUCAUGCCCUUAAUAAUUUGAAUAACUUUAAACAAUUAACUCUUAAUGAUAAUAUUUCCAUCUUAACUCGAGUAUUAGCAUUGUAUCCAUUAAAUAAUGUGGGAAUUGCCGUAUCAGAUAGUGUACUUGUACUCCUAUUCUCAGCUUUACUUAUUCUUAACUAUACCAUACUACUUAAUGGAGAUAUUUAUUCACUUGGAUUAUCAUUAACUGCCACCAUCUUUAAUGAUUUUAAAGUUCUUGAGAACUUUGUGGAAUAUAGUGAUAAUGAAGUCCUGACUCCAAAUUAUGAUACACCUCAAUUAUACCUUCCUAAACUUUACUAUGCCCUCAAUAUCAUUGAUAACUUAUACUCACUCAGUUUUGGAAUCUCCAAAUCCAUUAACAAUAAUGAUUUGGUAUCUUACUUACAAUCUCACGCUCAUUACUUGUAUCCUCCACCUCCUCCUGAUUCCGCUAUUCGUUCGGGUUUACUUAUGUUUCAUAAUUCUCCUAUGCUUACUGAUUUAGUGGAGAUUAGAAAUAAGUAUAUACUCAAUAGAAAUCGUCAUUCAGAUUCCAUAAUUCCUACUUUUUGGGCUACUACCAAUUCCACCACCAAUACCAAUAACAACAAUACUAAUACAACCACUAGUACUAAUUCUACUACUACCGACUUCUCCACUUACUUCAUUGGUCUUAUUAAUGAUAAAUUUGAAUUGAUUGUAUAUCUUCUAGAGAUCAAUAAUCAUCUCCCCUCUACACAUUCUCAUCAUGAUUCAGAAGAUGUCUAUGAUACUGUCAUUGAUUAUAACUUGAAAUUGAUCAGACUUGUUAAGAAGCUCGCCAGUUCGAUCGUAUCGUUCGCCAAUUUCAUGUCUUCAUCUCCUCAUAAUGAUCCACCAUCUCCCAACCAUCAUCAUCAAUCUCAAUCACUUCAUCCCAUUAAUCCCUUACUAAACAUUACUAUUGGCCAAUUAUUCAAAUUAAUUAAAUUGAAUAAAUUAAUUAUCGAUAGUCUUAUAGUACUUAUACAACUGGCAAGUCUGACUCCAUCACGUCCAGCAGCUGCUGAUAUAAUUAAUCGAUGUAUAAAGAUUAAUAAUGAUUUAUCAAUUCUGUUUAAUCUACUUUCUUUAAACCUUGCCAAUUUACAAUUAGGUUCAAUUGCUAUUAAUCUUAUCCGUAAUAAGAUGGCUGCUUAUAAACUUAAUUUUAAUCUUCUGACAGUAUUGAAUACUUCAUCAAGUGAUUUAAAGCUGGCCGUCGAUAAUUGGUCAAGUGAGUUAUCUUCAACUAUCUUACCCUUUAUCGAGCGAGAGAAUAUUGAAGGUUGGUAUUAGUAGAAUUAGUACUAGUAAUAGUAUUAGAACUAGUAUGACUAAAAUAUGUUAGGAUGUGUAUAUACUAUAUAG